GAUUCUUGCACACAGAGCUGCCAUCAUCGUCCUCGGGUGCCGUUCCCUCCAGCUCGUCAGUCCACUCAGCGCUGAACGAAGUCCUUUGCCGAACACGCUCGUCACUCCAGUACUGUAAGCCUUCGUGGCAGGUCCUGGUCGCGUGUGUUCUGCUCAGCUUUGUACUUUUCGGUCCUCGGAGUCUUCAAGUGGCGUUUUGGUCGCGUUGGUCUUGUCUCGCGAAUUGCCAAAAUCGAAUUGUUUGUGAAUGAAAUUCGCGUCUCCAUUGAGCCAGUGAAUGAAUGGACAAAAAUUUUUAAUAAAAAAACAAAAGUGAUUCAAUAUAUGUGAAAUUCAAUUUGGACCGCAACGUCAGUACAGGAACCACAACUGCCGUCCAGGCGACAGCACCAUAUAAGAAAAUAAAGUAAAAAAAAAGAAAUAAUAAAUAAAACUCUCUGGAAAAUUCAAACAGCAAGAAGGACAUCCCCCUUCGGGCGGUGGUUCGAUAAAAUUGCCAACAAAACUGCAUCCUGUCGGUAUCGAAAAGUGACGCUUGGCAGCCCGGCGGCGAGUCCUGGACAAGGACGUGAAAAUGCGCUUCAUUAAUUUGGCUGGCAGCCGCAGACUGUCUGUGGAAAAUCAGCUGCAGCAGAAGCAACAGCAGCAGGACGAACAGGAGCUGAAACAGGAACAGGAUCUCGAACAGGAACAGGGACUCGCGUCAGCUGCACUGACACAGCAUUGAAUUGCAUUCCGCAGAAAUGGUGGAGGACAAUGAGUCGCCGGAAGCGGAAGGAGCCGUCCCCCUGUUGGCCCUCCUUCGCGGAGAUGGUUUCAAUCAAAGCCAGGCCCAGAAUCUGGCUCAAGCCCCGACUCAGAUGCCCCCUUUUUUCGGCAGCUACAAUAUAUCCGAGGACGUGUACUUUUACUUCAACGGUGCGCCCACAAGUACGGAGCUGUCACUCGGAGGGGGCGGAGCACUCAAUGCCACCAGCACCACCUUGAGCCCCACGACGAGCGGAGUGGGCUUCUCCACCACACCGGAACCGGAUCUCUCCGAGUUCCUGGAGGCUCUGCCCAAUGAUCGAGUGGGGCUAUUGGCCUUUUUGUUCCUCUUCUCGUUCGCCACCGUUUUUGGCAACUCUCUGGUUAUAUUGGCCGUCAUCAGGGAACGGUACUUGCACACGGCCACCAAUUAUUUCAUAACCAGCCUAGCGGUGGCCGACUGUCUGGUGGGUCUGGUGGUCAUGCCCUUCUCCGCCCUGUACGAGGUGCUGGAAAACACCUGGUUCUUUGGUACUGACUGGUGCGACAUCUGGAGGUCCUUGGACGUGCUCUUCAGCACAGCCUCGAUCCUGAAUCUGUGCGUGAUCUCCCUGGAUCGAUACUGGGCCAUCACAGAUCCCUUCAGCUAUCCCAUGCGGAUGACCGUGAAAAGGGCCGCCGGGCUGAUAGCCGCCGUUUGGAUUUGCUCCAGUGCCAUCAGUUUCCCGGCCAUCGUCUGGUGGCGAGCGGCGAGGGAUGGGGAAAUGCCGGCCUACAAGUGCACCUUCACCGAGCACCUGGGCUACCUGGUCUUCUCGUCGACGAUCUCGUUCUACUUGCCGCUCCUAGUCAUGGUCUUCACCUACUGCCGGAUCUACAGGGCGGCGGUCAUUCAGACGAGGUCCCUGAAAAUUGGCACCAAACAAGUACUGAUGGCCUCCGGGGAGUUGCAACUCACCUUGCGAAUCCAUCGAGGCGGCACCACCCGCGAUCAGGCCAACCAGGUGGCAGGAGGAGGUGGCGGAGGAGGCGGGGGUGGUGGAUCCCUAAGUCACUCGCACUCCCAUUCGCAUCACCAUCAUCACAACCACGGCGGAGGCACAACCACCUCCACUCCAGAGGAACCCGACGAUGAACCUCUAUCCGCGCUUCACAACAACGGACUGGCCCGACAUCGACACAUGGGCAAAAAUUUCUCGUUAUCCCGGAAACUGGCCAAGUUCGCAAAGGAAAAGAAAGCGGCCAAGACGCUGGGCAUCGUGAUGGGUGUAUUCAUCGUGUGCUGGUUGCCGUUCUUCGUGGUCAACCUGCUGUCGGGAUUCUGCAUCGAGUGCAUCGAGCACGAGGAGAUCGUGUCGGCAAUUGUGACUUGGCUGGGAUGGAUAAACUCCUGCAUGAAUCCUGUCAUCUACGCCUGCUGGAGCAGGGACUUCCGCAGGGCCUUUGUGCGACUGCUGUGUAUGUGCUGUCCUCGAAAGAUCCGCCGCAAAUACCAGCCCACGAUGCGGUCAAAAUCGCAGGUGAGUUGCCCCGUUCCCCCUGCAGAUGAAUACCUUCCAUUUCAGCUGACGUCGACUUGUGAUACUCCUUCUCUUAGUCACGGUCUGGGUGGAGUUUUUAAAGUUUUGUUGGUGCAUCGUCUGUUCUUUAGGGCGAGAAGUAAAAAGGUUUCGGCCGCCUACGCUUUUGUAUGCUCCAAAUACGAAGCUCAACGAACGGCCAAAUUAAUUUACAAAUUUAAUGAAUAUGCAUACAGGAAAAAAACUGGCAUUUACCACUCAAGGUGGCCCAUAAUCCCCCCCGUAGCACCCACCGACUUCCGUUCACACAUGGCAGACAACCAUGAAAACUUCCUGACAUCCGCCCCGGACUCAUUCUCGUCCUCGCCCCCUGGCACACCACACACAUCCGUGCAUAAAUCAUCAGGCGUCGCAUCACUCAACCUGUCGACCCACCGACCCCCACAAUCCUUUCCUGAUUUUAAUGAAUCAUUUUCUAAUGUUCGGCAACUCUGACUGCACCUAAAAGGACUCGACCCCAAAUUAGAGCACUGCGCCCGCGGGUGGGUGGCUCUAUUAUAGUCCUUGGGGGUACGGCAUGUCAAUAUGGCUGUAAGUAAUUACCCCUGAGCUGUAGUCACGUGUUUGGCUCGGAAAUACAGUCGAACUUGUCUAACUUGAACUUGUCUAAGUUUUGCGGCCAAUGUUGCAAAGUUCACUCUUGAAUUGGCACACAAACUGCUUUGAGAAGUUUGGUUUGAAGGGAAAACUUGAACAUAAUAGCGUCAUUCUGGCGGAGUAAAAUUAAAGAAAAUGUUAAGCCAAUCCUAAGCAAAUAUUAAAGUUUUAAGAAAACAUAAUUGACUUAAUAGCUGAUAUAAUAGCAAGUUAUUGUAAAGCUUUAAUGGAAAAAUGCGCUGAAAAUUAACUUUGAUUUAAAACUUUAAGGAUAAUUUUGCUUCAAGUCUUGGGAGGUUGGUGCGCCAAAAAAUUUCCAAUCAACCAGUGACACUUUAAGAACCACUCAUUCAAAAAUAGAUCUCCUGCCCCCCAAUAUACGCUAAAUUUAGUUCAUGUCAUCAGAGCCAGAAUGUCAUUACCGUGUCGUCUCACACACCCACCACCCAUAUAUAUUUCCAUAUACCUAUAUAGUAUCGUUCCGUCUGGCCUGGCAAAUCGAGCUGAUUGUGAUUCCGGCCGCGUUUUGCGCGUCCUUCUUGGUUUUUGCAGAGAUUCGCGACACGGCGCUGCUACUCGACCUGCUCGCUGCACGGCAUUCAGCACGUGCGGCACAAUUCCUGCGAGCAGACUUACAUAUAGUUUAGCGUAGAUUUAGUUGACAAUGAUUAAGGCGCCCUCGUCCACGUCCACGUCCACUCCCACGCCCACCUCCGACCCCUGUCCUGUAAGUCAAUGGCAAGGUAAGCGACUUGUGCCCUGUUUUCUCAUUGUCUGUCUGUCUGGCUCACUCUCUAUUCUGUCUCUGUCUGUGUCUGUGUCUCUGAGCCACUGUCUGUGUCCUUUUGCUGUAUUUUUCCAAAAGUCACUCACACACACACACACUGCUGAAUGGAGAAAGGGAAAGGAAAGUAGUCCUUGGAGGGAACUAUCAAAGGCACCCAUUCUCCCUUCUCCAUUCUCAGUUGUACGGUUUUUGCAUCUGUUACUGUUACUGUUACUGGUGCUGUUUGUUGUUUGCUGUUGCCUUCUCUGUCUGUGACAGCUGCUGUCUCACUUGCUCACAACUGUUUGUUGACUUUUCCAUGGCAUUGUUGUUUGUGUAACAUCCUUAUAUUUCCGUUUUCGUCCUGGUGCGUUCCUGAAAUCUCUGGUGAUUUGAAAACAAAUUCUAUUAGCGCCUAAAGGUAUGCUGUGAAAAAUGUUUAAUUGUUUUUCUAUCAAUAACUAAUAACUAAACACAAAAUCAUAAACUAAACUUUAAACUCUGAUUGUGACAUUUAAAGUUAAAGGAAAUCCCUUCAGGCCAUCGUCAAAAAUUUCCACAGAUUUUGGGAACACCCUAGGGCGUAUGUUUGGUUAGUUUGCUUUCUUUGCUGCAAGAAAACACGAAAAUGAAAACAGAACUCUGAUUCAAGCACCUGUUGAAUGUGUUGCACCUGUAUCCGAAACAAGCACACACACACAUAGACACACACCACGCACACUCUUUACAGUGAUGUCCACCCACGACGGCAAAAAAUGAGUCCCUGAGCCCUGUAUCUGUUUGGUGUUGUUUUUUUGUAUGUUGUUGAAGACAAGCUGGAAAGAAAAAAGAAAACAAAAUAACACGGAAAAGUAAAAAGAAAAACGAAAGUUUUCACAAAGUCUCCUUCGGAUUCACAAGCACACACACACAUACACACUUGUAUAAGCGGUCAGGACACAAUGUGUCCUUUCAACGUUUUUGUCACCGCUUCCGUUUUUUCCCCUCAUGUUCUUGCUCCUGUUGAUGUUGAUGUUGUUAUUUUUGGCGUCGCUCCUCACAAAAGAUUUUCCCAGUGUACACAAUGGCGAAACAAGAAAAACCUGAAACACAAACUCCCUCCCCUCCAUAAAGUGUUUGUUGAUCUUUUUAUACCAGCUUCUGGCAAAGAAAAGAAAGGAAAAUUGCAUUGGCAGAUGAAAGAAGCUUAAUAUAUAGUCUGGCUCAGGUUUAAUCUGCAUCAAUGAGGUCAUUAUUAAAGUGCUUUAAAGCCAUAGAGUUGGUUCUGAAAAACUUAUAGCUGGAAAGGUAUAAGAACGCUUUCUUCCAGUGUACGACCUUUUCGCGUUUUUAAUAGGAUUGCAGAAAGGGUUUUUCUUUUCAAGUUCUCUGUUUAUUAUUUUGAAAUUUAUAGUUUUUGGCUGGUUGUUGUAAUGGACGGCCGUGUUGACUUUCUUUUCGGUUACUUUUCUUUCGGGCCAACAACAUCUGACCCAAGUUUUUCGGCAGCCGCCUGGCAGGAAACAGCCUGGGAGGGUAAUGCGGGGAGUCACGCACACUCGAUACUUGAGAAAUGUUAUCAAGUGAACCAUAAACAUUUUUUGCACUUAAAAAUUUCCAACUCAAUUUUCGCCUCGGCGAUAAGCGCACAAGCACACACCACAUGUAAUUGUAUUGAUGAAAAUGUUAUUUACAGCAAUCAACAGUCAAUAUGUGUCUGGCCAGGGUCGACGAGCGGAUCCGGAUGCGGAUGUAGGAGGGCACUGGGUGUGGGGGUAUAGAUGGAGUUUUGUGCUCGUGCCUUUUCCGUAUCCGUAUCCGUAUCCGUUCCAUUCGAUUUUUUCGGGCUUUUCUUUCUCGAUGUGUGUCUGUCAUCAUAUCAAUUACACCCAAGAGCAUGCCAAUUUAUUUCCAAGAGUUUCCACAGCCAAUUGAAAGCGUUGUUCGCUGGGUCGUGGGCUGGUUCGACCAAAGAAAUAGAGUGUACCCUUGGAACAUUCAUAUUGGCCAGGUAUAAUUUAAAAAAUAAAAAGCAUUUCAAUUUAAAACGUGUGGUAUGUCUUUUCUCCGCAAGGAAAAAGUAAUCCCUUUGGAAUACUAACAAUAGACCGAAAAAUACCAAAAAUAUCACGUAUACGCCCCGUAUUUGGAAUUCUAAGCACUAAUUUAUAAUCACUUUGAAAUAAAUUAUCCACGUAGCCACGUAAAAACAAUUAAACAAAAAUAUUCAUACAAAUAAGUAAUUUCUCAUUCAAAUGCAUAUGGCAACAAUUUUACCAGCUGGUUGCAGGCUAUUUGCGGAAUGUCUAAUUUAUGGCAGGUCCUUGCCUUUUGCUCGACAAAUGAGGCGACUUCCGGCAUUUGCAAUUUGCCAGCUGUACGACAAAUGGAAAUGGGCUUUGGUCAAAGGAGGAUAUUGCAGGCGUGUGGUUUUGAGCCAACGAAAGCACCUAAUUCCGGGCCACUGUUGCCCCAUCUUUGUGCCACCUCAAGCACAUUGUGGUCAGCCACAAGUUGCUGAUGCUUGUGCGAAUACAUGAAGGUGCUACUGCGACUGUGGCAAGUCUCCCAAGCCGACACUUUAAAAUUAACUUCACCAAAGUUUCAUUCAACUUUAAUGCUCCCACACCCACACUUUCGCAUGCACACUCGGCCUGGUGAUUAAUUGGCCCACUGAAGUCUGUGGGUGGCCAGACAUUUGGGCCAACUGUGACCACCCACUAGUUCUCCUAAUGAGCCGUAAAGGAUUCCCCACACCCACCCAUCAACUCUGAAACUCACUUGCCACUCGUCUGCCAGCACAGCCAAUUUGCAUAGCAUUUUGACAUGCAUAGAGAAAAUUGAUUGUGAUUGUGGUUCAUAAACUUUCAAUAAAGACUGUUCUAAACUCUAUAAAAAUUUUAAAUAAAAAGCUAUUUUUUAGGCUUCAUUUUUCCUGUAUAUUUUUCUCAGUGCAUCCAGCCAAGAUGUUUUGAUUGAAAAUGCCAGCUAGUCCGACCUAGUCCACACAAAUUCUCGAAUACAGCCCACCCCACUCGCAUACACACACGAAGAUCUGGGAGGCCCCUUUUUAGCAUAAAUUUGUAAGCUUGUAAAACCGGAAUUUGUGAUUCUGACUGUUUGCAGAGGAAGCCGUUGGCCAGCCUGAGGCCAGGACCCGCAUCGGAGCUCCUUCGCUUUGGGGCCUUCGAGUAGCGAAUCGAGAGGGCAGAAUAUUCCAGUGGCAGGCAACUAAUUCUGAUACCUUUAAAUUACAUUCAAUAAUCAAUACCUAAGCGAAUGCAUCCAAAUAAAUUGUUUAUUGCGGCUGCCAAAAUUGCUUAUAACAUAGCUUUGCUGCUGAUACUGUUUCCGCUGCUAUAAUCGCUGCUAAUUGCAUCAAUUAUUGGUAGAUCGCUUUGUACGAUUGGGGAGAACAAAGCCAAAUUGAAAUCGAAAACAAAAUUGUUUAACCGAUUAAUCAAACUGAUUUCAUUCCACGUCGCCGGCCAAAGCUCACUGAGGCAAACUAAAUGGAACAAUAAUCGAGGAAAUACCCAUCUAUGCCUAUGAAUGCUGUAUAAAUCCGCAAUAUACAGAGUCGAUAAUGGCUCAUUUCUUGGGCAGGACGAACAUCAAAAUGUAAUUUACCACAAAUGUUGCGCAAACAUCAAUUAUCCCUAAUUGACUGUGAACGUGAAAUUAACGUUUAUAAUUAUGUGACAUAGCCAUUGAAGCGGAAGUCCGAGCUCCGAGUUCCAGUCCGUGGGAAUUCGUGUUCUUGGCCAUGUAACUUUUAAUGUCCCUGUGGCCGAGGCCGAGGGUCCUGGCUAAAAUUGGGUGUCUGGGUGGUAUUUGCAGGGCAUUUGUGACAGUCACCAGGACAAGGUCGCCGGUUAACCGCCCAAGAUAGGGUGCCCGAAAAAGCUUAGCCGCUUUGAGAAGACUUUGAGGUUGGCCCUACUCGGGGACCGUCGACCCCGGAGGGGUUUAUUGAGUGCCAGGCAAUAAAUUACCAAAAGAGAGGCGUGGCCGCGAACAAGUUUGUGUGAGAAAAGGCCCACUCAGAAUUUGACGGUUCCAUUGACCUUUGGCCGGAGCACGGUAGGCAAUGUAAAUGACAAGCCCCUGGGCGUUCUCAUGAGUCACAAAAACACAGUAAUGAUAAAAGUUUUCUGCUCACAAAAAAUACUAGGAUAAUGUGGGCAUAUAAAAAGAACAUAAACUUCUAGAAAGAUUACUAGAAAAGGUUAUCAAUUAAAAGGUUUGAAAAAUAAUGUUUUAGGGGCUAUUUAGAUAUAUUGAUUAUCCAAUCUAAAUCACAAUAAAACUUUCUUCAAUCUAGAGAUUAUUUGCAUUGCUCUUGACUUGCCCAGACGCCCAGGGUUAUUUUUGGAUCCCAGGGGGGAGAGGACUAUAAAAAUUGCAAAUUACCCAAUUGCCUGGGGCGUCUGCUAAGCGGGCCAUCCGGUCUGGCUCUUCAAUUAUUUAAGCUAAUUGCGGCCGCACUCCGAAAACCAGCCGACCACUCGGCGUAUACGCAAUGUAAGUGCUACGCAAAUGGGUGUAGGUGUGGGUGUGGGUGUUUGGGGGGACUUUAGAAUUUUAUACGAGCUCAAGAAGGCGCCCGCCCAUAAGCCCGUAAUUGAAUUGGCAAACCAAAGACGAUGUGGGUUUGAGGGUUGGGCCAAUCCGGUUAUGAGGCUAUGAUAGAAGAAAAGCCAGCCACUUGCAAAAUGCAAGGACCUCCAGAUGGAAAAAUUCUCCAUGGGCACUCGGAAUUCCCUUAAACGCACAGACGAAAGCACACACACACACACUCCCAAAAAAUAAAAAACCACCCACUUACACAUACUCACAAAUUUUGUUAAUGUUGUUAUUGUUGCUAUUAUUGUUUGCUUUGGUCCUGGGCCAAAAAAAAGUGAAAAAGGAUAUUCCCUGAAAGCCAGAAAUUGGAAUUUCAACUACCGCUUUUCGUAACCAAUUUUUUCAUUCUUUUGUUGUUGUUAUGGCUGUUGUUGCUCUUUUUCUAGUUUUUCUUUCUUUUGGGCCCUUUCUCUUUCUACACUCAUUGUUUUUUGUUAUUUUCAAUCAUGCAUUUUGCUUUGACUUUUACUGCAUCCGAAAAAUAAAAAAAAAGAUUGGGAAAAAUGGGAGAAAUUCAAGAGAAAAUCUGCCAGCAAAGCCGCAACAGUUUCGUCUUAUUGCUGUUGUUGUUCUUCCGCCCCUCUGACAUCCACCCACGCCCCAUAGCCCAUAGCCCCCAUUUGCUAUAAUUGUUGUUGUUAUUGUUGCUCUGGCUGGAUGCUGUUCCUGUUCUUGUUGUUCUUGUUGAUGUUGUUGCUGUUUCACUAUGUUGCUUUGUUGCCGCGUUUGGCUGCUGCUGGCUGCGUUGAAACGGCAAAAUUGUUUACAGCCACACCCACACACGUACACACGUACACACACCCACUCACCCACAGACACAAAACACUGCCUGCAAAUUGUAUGCAAACACUUGAAACGAAAUAAGACAACAAAAUGUUAAUUAAACGCUUCUCUCGCCUCUCUAUUCCACCUUUCUCUCUCUCUGUCUCAUCCUCUUUGUGUGCGUGUCUCCUUUUGUUUUCAUUCACUUCCGAUCGUCUAUGUUUAUUUUUGAUGUGCUUUGUUUUUAAUGUGUCUUCUCCACUCUCUCUAUUCCAUUUCCUAUUUUUACUAAUUUACUGUUCCCGACUUUUCUUAUGACUUUCUCUUUUAUUUUAAAUUUCCUUUCCUUUUUUUUAUAUUUUUCUUGACCUUGUGAUUUCAUUUCCGGUUUCCAUAAUUUCCUAUUUUAUAUUCAUCUACUUCCUUGUUUUUCUUUCCUUUUAUUUUAUUCUUUUUCUAUUUUUCUAAAUAGUGUCAUGUGGCUGCCGCCAUGGUGGCCGCCUCCACGUCCUUCGGCUACCACUCGGUGAACCAGCUGGACCGCACGCUCAUGUGACGUCAGCUGAGCAGUUGCAGCACCUGCAGCGGUGGCAGCAACUGCGGCGGCUCCAGG